AUGAAACAAUUACAAAUUUACCCAUUUUCUGUAGUAUCUAAAAUCAAUGUCGUUGAUGACAAUAAUACAAACGAUUUAUUAUCCGAUAGUCCUUCUUCUUAUUAUACAGCAAAUGAUUCUGGUAUCAGUUAUGAUAAUAGUGAUGUUGAUAGCAACAGUGAUUUUUCUAAUGACUGUGAUUUCGAAUUUUAUUAUUCAAAUGAACCAAUAACAAUUACUGAUGAUGCUCACAAAGCAGCAAAUAUACGUGAUGAUGAUAAGAAAUAUUUUUGUGAAAAUACCGCUUGGACUUGGCACGGUGAAUUUGGCCGAUUGAUCAUGGCAACUGCUAUGACACAUAAUAUUGACUAUCGUCUUAUGCCUUACGAUGCACUUUUAUUAUGUCCUCUAGCAUGGAAUGCAAUCUAUUCAAUAGAACAAUCAGAAAAUGCAAAAGCACAAUUUAAAUGUGAUAUUUGCGGACAUCGUUGGACAUCAAUGCGUGCACGUUGUACAUUUUAUGUAUCGAAACCUGACGAAGGCGGUAUUGUUUUAUUACGACUCUAUACACAACAAUGUCAAUAUUGUUAUUCAAUUGUACAUCCUUUGUGGUAUUUCGAUGAAAUCUGCCGGGUCAUGAAAAAAUUAGCAUGGACAAUGUUUGAACAUUAUUUUCCUGAUUCUAUUCCAUCGAUUCAGUGGGAUAUGACGCAUAAUGGUAUUCAGCCAGUUCGACGUUUAUUACAACGUAAAGGAAAUAUGCAUGCAGAACAUAAUUCAACUUUUUGCGAAGCAUGUCAACUUGGCUCAUGUUUUUCAUAA